AUGGCUCGCUUCAAUCUGUCUUUCCUCGCUGUCUUCCUGUUCCUGGCAGUUUUUGCUCUGUCACUCCCGACCAAGCGUGAUGAGCUGUCUUCUGCCGGCCAGGCGCUGGGACUUGAUAAGACCUUUGAUCAAUUGAAGUCUGCUACUAAGAUUAUGAACAACGUUGAUCAGAAGGACGUCAACAACGAGAAGAACGAGGUUGAUGACGACGCUGAUGUCGAUCAGGAUUCCAGCGAUGAUGAGGAGCCCGAGGCUACAAAGACUGAGAAGAAGCUCACCUCUGGCAACUUCGCCACACCCACUGCCACCAGCACUCACAAGCCUACUUCCAAGCCCAAUGCUCUGGGCAAGCUCCCCAUUGUCGGUGGUCUGCUUGGCGGUACUGGAGCUUUUUAA